UAAUUGAUAUUGAUACUGUUACUGUGACACAAUCAUGGUUCAGACACAAUCAAAACGACGCUUUACUGAAAGAAAGGUUAUUUAGUACUAAUGUUUAUAGUUUCUUUUAGAAAUAAAUAAUAGCAUGAACUUUUUAUUAAUUGUGUUCAGCAUAUAAAUUACAAUAUGUGUGAUAGUGAUGACCCUAAUGACCAUAGUCGUUCUGGUAUGGAUUUGACUGGUUUCUUGUUUGGGAACAUCGACGAAACGGGUCAACUGGAAGACGAUGGUCUCCUCGAUGGAGACUCAAAGCGUAUGUUAUCAUCACUCAACCGGUUGGGUCUUGGAUCAAUGUUAUCAGAAGUAUUGGAAGAAGAAGAAACGGUAAAAGACGACGAAGAAAAGGAUUACACUCAGAAAAGUCCUUCUGCAGUAGAUUUUUUUGAUAUUGACGAUGCUGCAGAGGAAGAGAAGAAUGAGAUUAAGGAGGAAUCUGAAAAAUGGAAAGUUGAAGGAAGCGAGAAUGAGUCAGAACAACGAAAUAACGAUGAAGGAUAUGAAGGCGACAUGGAGGGGGAUGGUGGACUUAUGCCGCCUCCAUCAACUGUCCCUAAACCAAAAACUGAUAAACCUAAGAAAUUGGAAACUCCAUUAGCUGCAAUGCUUCCAUCUAAAUACGCAAAUGUGGACGUCACUGAGUUAUUUCCUGAUUUUAGACCUGAUAAGGUAUUACUGUUUUCUCGGCUCUUUGGUCCUGGAAAAUUGUCCAGCUUGCCGCAAAUAUGGCGUGGUGUGAAAAAACGUCGACGUCGUAAACGUAGUGGCAGUACCGGUAGCGACACCCCACCUCAACCCGAGUUGCAGGAAGUACAAUAUGCGAGUGACGAUGAAGAAAAAUUUCUUAAGCCAAUGGAGGAAAGCCAACAAACUUCACAGCCAGAGAACAAUUCUCAGUCAUCAGGGGAUAAGUCUCAGAAACCUACACCAGCUCACUGGCGGUUUGGUCCCGCUCAGGCAUGGUACGAUAUGCUAAACGUGCCUGAAACAGGCGAGGGAUUUGAUUAUGGUUUUAAAGUUAAGGCACCGUCACCAGAACGGGAUGAAAAAGCAAAAGAAAAACCUGCUGAAGAAACAGUUUGUAUUGCAAACGAAAACAAAGAUAUUGAUAGUCCAGACAGUGGUUUCCCUGAUGACGCAUUUCUAAUGGUUUCUCAGUUGCAAUGGGAAGAUGAUGUCAUAUGGGAUGGCAGUGAAAUUAAACAUAAGGUGUUAGCAAGAUUAAAUAGUAAAAGUAAUGCGGCAGGUUGGGUGCCCACUUCUGUUAGCCGUACCGCCCAACAGUUCUCUCAUCCUAGACCACAGGCACCCGCGCCUUUGCAGCAAAAACCACCCACAUCAACAUCGUUGACGUCAAACAAUCCAGGAGCAAAUUCAGCGGACGGAGAAGAUAACACAUGGUACAGUAUUUUCCCUGUCGAAAAUGAGGAACUUGUCUAUGGAACUUGGGAGGACGAAGUAAUAUGGGACGCAGAGUGUAUGCCUAAAAUACCUAAACCAAAAAUAUUGACAUUAGACCCCAAUGAUGAAAAUAUUAUCCUUGGAAUACCAGACGAUGUGGACCCAUCAAAAAUUACUAGAGAACGCGGACCGGCGCCAAAAGUGAAGAUUCCACACCCGCACGUGAAGAAGUCUAAGAUACUGCUCGGUAAAGCGGGCGUCAUUAAUGUGUUGCAAGAGGACGCGCCGCCGCCGCCGCCCAAGUCGCCCGAUCGGGAUCCGUUCAAUAUUUCGAACGAUGUCUACUACCAGCCCAAGUCGCAGAACCCGCGGCUGAAGGUGGGCGGCGGGCAGCUGAUCCAGCACAGCACGCCCGUGGUGGAGCUGCGCGCGCCCUUCAUCCAGACGCACAUGGGCCCGGCGCGCCUGCGCGCCUUCCACCGGCCCGCGCUGCGCAAGCUGGCCUACGGCGCGCUGGCGCCGCCCGGCCCGCACCCCGUGCAGCCGCUGCUCAAGCACAUCCGCAAGAAGGCCAAGCAACGUGAAGCCGAACGACUGGCAUCGGGCGGUGGUGACGUUUUCUUUAUGAGGACGCCAGAAGACUUGAGCGGUAGAGAUGGUGAACUCAUUCUAGUAGAGUUCUGCGAAGAACAUCCGCCGCUUAUCAGCCAAGUUGGAAUGUGUACGAAAAUCAAAAACUAUUACAAGAGAACUGCUACAAAGGACAACGGACCAAAACCAAUGAAAUAUGGUGAAAUAGCCUACGCCCACACAUCGCCGUUCCUUGGCAUCUUAGCUCCCGGCGCAACGCAGUCCGUAGUCGAGAACAACAUGUACCGAGCGCCCAUAUACGAACAUACGGUUAAUCAGACUGACUUCCUGAUUAUACGGACCAAACAAGCGUAUUAUAUACGUGAGAUAGAUGCUUUAUUCGUGGCUGGUCAAGAGUGCCCCUUGUAUGAAGUCCCAGGACCAAAUUCAAAACGUGCUAAUAAUUUCGUUAGAGAUUUCUUGCAGGUAUUCAUAUACAGACUCUUUUGGAAGUCACCUGACAAUCCGCGUCGUAUAAAAAUGGACGAUAUCAAACGAGCUUUUCCUUCACAUUCAGAGAGUUCAAUUCGAAAACGUCUAAAACUUUGUGCAGAUUUCAAACGAACAGGAUGUGACUCCAACUGGUGGGUUAUAAAACCAGAUUUUCGACUGCCGUCUGAAGAAGAGAUACGCGCCAUGGUGUCGCCGGAACAAUGCUGUGCGUACUUUAGUAUGGCAGCCGCGGAGCAGAGGCUCAAGGACGCGGGCUACGGAGAGAAGUUCAUCUUCACCCCGCAAGAAGAUGAUGAUGAAGAAAUGCAAUUGAAGAUGGAUGAUGAGGUUAAAGUGGCCCCGUGGAACACAACACGCGCGUAUAUUCAAGCAAUGCGAGGCAAAUGUCUGCUACAGCUGACGGGCCCGGCCGACCCGACGGGUUGCGGGGAAGGCUUCUCCUACGUCAGGGUUCCCAACAAACCAACGCAGCAACCGAAUGAGGAACAGCAACCGAAACGAACCGUAACUGGUACAGAUGCGGAUUUGAGGAGACUCAGUUUGAACAAUGCUAAGGCUUUGUUGAGAAAGUUUGGUGUUCCUGAAGAGGAGAUUAAAAAACUGUCUCGAUGGGAAGUUAUUGAUGUCGUAAGAACUUUGUCAACGGAAAAGGCAAAGGCCGGUGAAGAGGGUAUGACAAAAUUCUCGAGAGGUAACAGAUUCUCCAUUGCUGAACACCAAGAAAGAUAUAAAGAGGAAUGCCAGCGUAUAUUUGAACUACAGAACCGCGUGUUAACUAGCACAGAAGUAUUAAGUACAGACGAAGCCGAGAGUUCCGUGAGUGAGGAGUCCGAUCUGGAGGAGAUGGGCAAGAAUCUUGAAAACAUGCUUGCAAACAAAAAAACAACUGAACAGUUGACAAUGGAAAGAGAAGAAGCUGAAAGAGCUGAACUGAGAAAGAUGAUUAUGGGACAGUCUGAAAAGAAACCCCAAAUCAAUCAAAACGACCAGCAACAGGCGAAUCAAGCAGGUAAAGUUCUUCGUAUAGUGCGUACGUUCCGCAACGCGUCCGGUCAGCGGUACACGCGCGUGGAGUUGGUCCGUAAGGCCGCGGUCAUAGAGGCGUAUACCAAGAUACGUUCUACUAAAGAUGACGCCUUCAUACGGCAGUUUGCUACAAUGGACGAAACGCAAAAGGAGGAAAUGAAAAGAGAAAAACGAAGAAUUCAGGAACAAUUAAGGCGUAUAAAGAGAAACCAAGAAAGAGAAAGAUUAGCAGGAAAUGUAUCUACACCAUCAACUUCUGUACCAGGAAGCAUAACAAUGACAACGCCGUCCGAUCUAAAUCCUACGUCACCUGGACUGAUUCCUUUGGGCCAGAUCAAACAGGAACCUGAUCUCCACACGCCGUCGAGACGACGUGCUAAACUAAAACCGGAUUUGAAGUUGAAGUGCGGCGCGUGCGGCCAGGUGGGCCACAUGCGCACCAACAAGGCGUGCCCGCUGUACACGGGGGGCGGCGCCGCCUCGCCCGAGCAGGACGAGCCCGCGCCCGAGCCCGACGAGCUGGACCUCGGCUACGUCGAGGGGACGAAGCUCACCCUGCCGUCGAAACUCAUUAAGCAAACGGCGGACGAUUUCAAGCGGCGCAGUGGCAGCCGACGCGGCGAGGUCCGCGCGGCGGGCCGCAGCCGCCGGCGCGGGACGGCGAGCGAGUCCUGCGACUACUUGGUCAAGCGGCCGGCGGAGCGGCGCCGCACCGACCCGCUCGUCACCUUGUCGUCGCUGCUGGAGGACGUGUUGAACCAUAUGAGACACUUGCCAGAUGUCCAGCCUUUCCUGUUUCCGGUCAACCCUAAGUUGGUAGCGGAUUAUUACAGAAUAAUAUCUCGACCGAUGGAUCUCCAGACGAUCAGAGACAACUUACGGCAGAAGCACUAUCAGAGCCGGGAAGAAUUUCUUGCUGAUGUCAACCAGAUUGUAGAGAAUUCUACUCUUUAUAAUGGUCCUACGAGUAGUUUGACAGUCGCUGCUCAGCGUAUGAUGCAGCGUUGCUUCGAAAAAUUAGCAGAAAAAGAGGAGCAAUUUAUGAAGUUGGAAAAACAGAUCAAUCCUUUACUUGAUGAUAACGAUCAGGUCGCCCUGUCGUUUAUCUUCGAGAAUCUUUUGACCACGAAAUUGAAAGUGAUGCCGGAGGCGUGGCCAUUCUUGAAGCCGGUCAACAAGAAACAAGUGAAGGACUAUUACAACGUUAUCAAGAAGCCUAUUGAUAUGGAGACAAUCGGCAAGAAGAUUCAAGCACAUAAAUAUCACAGUCGAGAAGAGUUUUUACGAGACAUACAGUUAUUGGUUGACAACUGUCGCGCGUACAAUGGAAUCAAUUCGCAGUUUACACGACAAGCUGAAGCCGUACUCAAAGUAACCCAGGAGGCGUUGGAACAAUUCGACGAGCACGUGAGCCAGCUGGAGGCCAACAUCGCCCGCGUGCAGCAGAAGAUGCUGGAGGACGCCGAGCAGUCCGACCUGGACGACGAGCCGCCGCAGGCCGACGAGAAGCGCGGGCGCGGCCGGCCGCGCAAGCAGAGGGCGCUCGCCUCCGCCGACGAGGCGACACCCAGGAAGCGCGGAAGACCAAAGAAGGAUCAAAACAGUCUAGUCGAUGACCUACAAUACUCAGAUAGCGGUAGUUCUGGACUCGAAGAGGUGGAACAGAAAUACGCGGCUGAAGCUAUGGUACAACUUUCCGUACGUCCUGAUGAAGAUCUAAAAAGCGAGCAAACCUUCGAUACAUCAGAGUUUCUCAUCAAACGCGAAGUGCCGGACGAGCCUCCGCAGAUGUCUGAUGAUCUCGUUGACUUGGACCAGCACAGUAGAGAUUAUAUAUACCCUGCCGUUGUAAAGGAGGAGCCAAUCGAACCAGACAUGAAUAUUGAGGUGCCGUUGUUAGACAGUGUUCCUGGUGAGCAUCCGCAGUUCAAAGAAGAACCGCUCGAGAACUGGCAGCCGGAACCUGCGAUACAAGACGACUUGCAAGUUACUGAUAGUGAAGAAGAAGCGGAAGACGGACUUUGGUUCUGAUUAAAAUAUAAAAUUUAUUAUUUGUUGUACAAAUUGUUACUUAUUUUAUGUAUCAAUGAAAAAUGAUUAUGGUGUCGAUAACGCAAUAAUUUUAAGAGCAUAAAAUAAACUGAUUUAUAAUA